CGGCACCUGCGGUCUCCCGAGUCGCGUCCGAGAGGCGGGGCGCCCCGCGGAGCGCUGGGGCGGGUCGGGCUUCCUCGCGUCCAGCCCUGCCCUCCGCCCCCUCCCGCCCUCCUCCUCGCCCUCCCACCCGGGCCUCUGCGUGGAGACGCGCACCUGGCAACCGGCGGCCGCGCCGCGUCUCCGGCUUCUGGGCUCCGGCAGGAGCGCCCCGCGGCGGCCCCGCACCCGGCGGCGGCCCCCGGCGCCGCGCUCUCCGGAGACGGCCUCGAGCGCUCGCUCGUUGCUGCCGUUUUGGGGGUGACCCGGCGCGGCCGGGGCUCCAUGCGGACGGGGUGUUAGUGCCCGCGGCUCCUCCGAAGGGCGGGCAGCCGGCCGGACCCCGCGCGCGGCUCGGGUUUCGGGGCUUUGGACGAGGCCGCCACGGCGACGCGGGAGCGGGAGAUGCUGGAGCUGAGGCACCGGGGCAGCUGCCCCGGCCCCGGCCCCGGGCCAGCGGUGGCGCCGCCGCCCCGCGAGGGAGAGGCGGCCGGCGGCGACCACGAAACCGAGAGCACCAGCGACAAAGAAACAGAUAUUGAUGACAGAUAUGGAGAUUUGGAUUCCAGAGGUGAUUCUGAUCUUCCAGAAAGCCCACCAUCCUCAGAUAGAACCCCUGAGAUUCUCCAGAAAGCUUUAUCUGGUCUGUCAUCAAGGUGGAAAAACUGGUGGAUCCGUGGAAUUGUGACUCUAACUAUGAUUUCCCUAUUCUUCCUGAUCAUCUCCAUGGGAUCCUUUAUGCUGAUGCUGCUUGUUCUGGGCAUACAAGUGAAAUGCUUCCAUGAGAUUAUCACUAUAGGCUACAGAGUCUACCAUUCCUACGAUCUUCCGUGGUUUCGAACACUAAGCUGGUACUUUCUGCUGUGUGUAAACUACUUUUUCUAUGGAGAAACCGUAGCUGAUUACUUUGCUACAUUUGUGCAGAGAGAAGAACAACUUCAGUUCCUCAUUCGCUACCAUAGGUUUAUAUCAUUUGCACUCUAUCUGGCAGGUUUCUGCAUGUUUGUGCUGAGCUUGGUGAAGAAACACUAUCGACUGCAGUUUUAUAUGUUCGCAUGGACUCAUGUCACUUUACUGAUAAUCGUUACUCAGUCACAUCUUGUCAUCCAAAAUCUGUUUGAAGGCAUGAUAUGGUUCCUUGUUCCAAUAUCAAGUGUUAUCUGCAAUGACAUCACUGCUUACCUUUUUGGAUUUUUUUUUGGAAGAACUCCAUUAAUUAAGUUGUCUCCUAAAAAGACAUGGGAAGGAUUCAUUGGUGGUUUCUUUUCUACUGUCGUGUUCGGAUUCAUUGCUGCCUAUAUGUUAUCCAAAUACCAGUACUUUGUCUGCCCAGUGGAAUACAGAAGCGAUGUCAACUCCUUUGUUACAGAAUGUGAGCCUUCCGAACUCUUCCAGCUUCAGAGUUACUCCCUUCCUCCCUUCCUGCGGGCGGUGUUGAGAAGGGAGACCGUGAGUUUGUAUCCAUUCCAGAUACACAGCAUUGCCCUUUCAACGUUCGCAUCUUUAAUUGGCCCUUUCGGAGGCUUCUUUGCCAGUGGAUUCAAAAGAGCUUUCAAAAUCAAGGAUUUUGCAGACACCAUCCCUGGACAUGGAGGGAUAAUGGACAGAUUUGACUGUCAGUAUUUGAUGGCAACUUUCGUGCAUGUGUACAUCACAAGUUUCAUAAGGGGUCCAAAUCCCAGCAAAGUGCUACAGCAGUUGUUGGUGCUUCAACCAGAGCAGCAGCUAAAUAUAUAUAAAACUCUGAAGACCCACCUGAUUGAGAAAGGCAUUCUGCAGCCCACCCUGAAGGUGUAACUGGAUCCGAGCGGGUGGCCCGUGCGGACGGACCACUGCAGAGGGGACACACAGAAGAAGCCUGGCACCCGUACAGAACAGACGUGAAUGUUUCUUCGCUGAAAUUAAUGUGAAUAUUUAACAAGCACUUACCCGAUCUAACUUAUGAAACAAGUAGCAAAUUGCCAGCAAAAUAUCCUGUUCUUUUUCUGAGAUGAAUUUUCGAUGUUAACUUCCUUCCCCUGACCUGCUGGGUUUCGCAAUGGAAAAAGACUUGUGAUUUAGAGGCGAACACUAUAAAAUGAGGCUGUCUUGAGAUUGCACCUGGCAGUGGGAUCUUUUGAACAAAUAUUUACCUUGGCACUUGGAGCAGCCCUUUAAUUUUAGCAGAGUGUUUGCAUGUAAGGCACCUGAGGAAGUCCCUCCCCUGGGCUCCCCUCACCCC